CUGUCAUUCCCCAAAGCAUUGUCAAUCACACCCAUCACACCUCUUAGCGCGCCUGUUUCCAUCGUAUACGUUAACAAGUUAUAAAAGCAUUAAUUAAUAAAAGAAUUGUGUUUUGGUUGCCGCGGUACUCACGCAAAAUGAAUCAAUAUGUGCCGGUGUUGUAUCGGGAGGUGCCCGUGAAACAAUUAAAUCCGAACUCAAGCACUUGGAGAGAGAUCAACGUCAGUACCGGUGGAAUACAUAAUAUGUUGCAAGAUGUUAAAACGUCGGAACAAUGUGGUGGAUACUGCUUUGCCGAACGAGAAGACUAUCGUGCGAACCGAUUCUUGUAUUGGCGAACGUGUCGCGACUCUAUCUUUUUGGGCGAAAUGAGUAUGAAUUUGAACCUGUCGAAGAACAAUUUGAAAAUCAGUUUCGACGAGAGUCCAAUUUUAUCGGUGGAGAUCAGCGGUAAUCAGCUGCAGGUUUUCAUACUGAUCGUAACGGUUACCAGCGUCCAUCGGGUUGUGUUGCGACAUCCUAAGGCUAACAGUACCAAUCCGGAUGGUGCACAGGAAUCGAUCCUGGCAGCAGUCACCAAGGAACAAAUAUGUGAUUCCUCCUCGUUUUAUGUUAUUAGUAAUGAUAUAGGUCAAUGUCUACCAACGAUCGCAGCUGCCUGUCGCGUCGAGUAUGAAGGGGACAGCGAUGCCUUCUUCGCAGUUGCGACUGUCUCCGCUUUGUACCUGUUUCAUAUGGGCAGUCUUGGGGGAGUAAAAAUGACUGAAUUGAAACACAACCAAAUGAUUUCAAGGUUUUUCUCAAAUCUUACAGAUGCAUUGAGGAGGAAAAAUGCUAACGCUCCGGAUCAAGUGGUGUCCCUUCUAUUUGGUGAAGUAGAUGAACAACCUGUGUUGUAUGCGUUCUAUCGUAACAAUAUUGUACGCGUGUGGGCCACCAAUGGUUAUUGCGUUGGGGCUGAAUGUUUCGUUAAACAUGGCGAUCAACGAACGGAAGGAUAUCAAACUAUCAUGGUUCGGAAAUCCAGCUCUCUUCUGGGUGUUUUCAUUGUUUAUUCUGACUGCUCGGAGUUUGUCAUACUGCGGCCUGCACCGGACGAUUCGGGAAACGUUUCUUUGGUGAAGGAAUCCUUCAUUUUGGCACCAAAUUAUGAUUUGAUUGAUUUUAAAAUGACUGAUCGAAUCAUUUGGGCCCUGUGGUGUAAUGCAGGAGGGGACAUGCAGGUGUUGAUUUAUUCACUCAGCAGCGAAUCGGAUAGUUUUUGGCUUCCGAUUCCACUGGAAACCACUGAAGACAAGUAUUCACUGAAACUCGACAAGGGGACUGAUUUGAAGCAUAUCUAUUGCAACCGUAUCAUCCAUUCUGGCAAGUUUCACAACAAUGUCAUUGCGAAGACUCUCUCUAUGUUCAACAGAAGCUUCACUCACUCGGGCGUUAGCAUCUCAACAGCGGCUUUGAAACGUCACGUGUGUAGCUAUAUCGACGGUGAGCUACAAAACGAGCGCAAAUUGCAGAAUAUCUCCGACGAGGAGUUCGUCGAGUUAUCCUCGAAUCUCUGGGAGAAGUUUUAUAUGUGCUGCUCGCAGUACAACUUUGAAGACUGUCAGCCUAUCGGAAUGCUUAUUCUCGAUCGGAUGGACGCUUUCUGUUUGGUCCGCAAAAAGAUGAUUUCAUUCUUCCGGCAGUGUGACGAGUUGGAGGUGGCGUUUCUCUCCGAGAAUCAUCCUGGGAGCUUAGGAGUGAAUAAUGCGGGUGGGAAGUCGCUGCAGCACGAUGUUUCAGUGUUGAUACGAGCCCUGAAGCAGAUUGACAAAUUUAUGCCAGAGGAGGAAAAGAUUGAGAUUGAAUCGUGUUUGUUCCAGUUGCGUUCGACCAAGGAUAUUAUGGAAACGAUUGGGGGUUCUCGGACGUUUGCGAAACAGUGUAAUCUAACCUCAGUUAUUCAAUCGGUGGAAGAUCUCCCAAGGGCCAUGGCCGUGGUAUUGCAGAAACUCAAACUGGACCAUGAAGUUUCUCAGGAAGCUAGCUUUUAUUCCAACCCGAAAAAUUUGCCAUUCGGUGGCUUGCAUGGAGUUCAACUACUAAGCGAAACCGUCCGCCAGAUGAUCCAGUUGCGCUAUAUAAUCGUGCGAAACUUGAUAGUGUUGCAGCAUUUGCUGCUCAACAACUUCGCCAUGAACUGCAACGCGAUGGAAAUUAUCCGCUCGAAGUGUAUUCCGGAUAGCGAGGUGUUUUUGCAGUCGUACUAUGUGAUGAACUGGAUCGCCGAGUCAACGGUUGAUUAUGCCGCGGUUAGAAGUAAAUCGUUGGAAAGUGACGCUUCGUUGGUAAUUGGUCAAGAGGAAGCAUAUGCGUUUGAGUAUAUUUCAUUGUUGCACCUUUUCAUCGCGACCAAAGGUCUGAAAACCUGUAUGGCCACCGAGGAAGUUUAUCGUGCUACGGAUAAUGCCCAAUGUUUCUCGUCGCUUUUGGAGAUAUCCACUGGAUUGGUUCGGAUAAUAUGGCCUGUGGCAGGAGAUUUCACCUUCGGGCAAUGGCUGAUGCAGGGAGAAAUGCACAUUUUCAUCGAGCAAUAUGUGCGUCUACUCAAUUCAUGGUGUGAAUGGAAUAACUGUUCACGUAAUUUCAUCCUUGCCAAAUCAUACCUCAUGAACGGGGAAAACUCGAAGGCAUUGGAUUUGUUCCCACAAUCAGCCAAGGGCAUCUUCAAUGAACCAUAUCUGAUGAACUUCACGAGAUCAAACAAUUCCUCAUCGGUGCCACCCGAUGAGCUGCUGAGCAUGUUCUACCUCAAAGUGAUCCGUUUGUUCGAACAUUAUGGCGCGUACGAUUGCAUCAAUGUGCUGGCCCAGAUUGCGAUCGGAAUCUCCAUCAAUAACAAACAGCAAGCUAUGUUCCAGAGUAUUGAUUUCAGUAGUCACAUGGAGUUGGGUCAUUAUGAGGAGGCGUACCAUUCGUUGGUUUACAACUGUGAGCAAACACGGAAGAAGGAUUGCCUGAGGCAGCUGGUGUGGCGUCUGUUCCACGCCAAAAAGUUUAAUGUACUGUUCGAUUUACCCUAUUAUGGACUGGAGACAGACUUCCAGAAUAUCGUCGAAAUGCACGCCCGAUCGGUGGAGAUAUCUGAAAAUAGUCACUACGAUUUCUUGUAUUCGUAUUACAUUUUGAAGGGGAAUAUGCGAAAAGCGGCGUUGAUAGCGUAUGAGAAAGCGAUGAGAUGUCAGCUGGAGUGUAAUUCCUUGUUGUUUGUGAAAAUGCGUUGCGAAGCUUUGCUGAGGUGCAUCAACGUGUUGUGUCUUGUGACUCCUGAUUAUGCUUGGAUAGCGAAGCCCACCAUCUUCAAAGAAAACGACGAAGAUCAGGAAUCAAAGAUCGAGGUCAUCAGUCUAGCGGACAUCAGGAAGGAGCUUAUGACCACGCAAGCGAUACUUGAAAUCUCAGAGCAACUCGAGGACUGCAAAGCUGUCCUCGAUGUGGACACCGGGGAGCUCAUCAUGAUUCUUGCAAACGCUAAACUCUACAGCACAGCUUUCAAACUAUCACAUGCUUUCGACAGGAGUUUGUUACCAGUCUAUGAGAGUCUGGCGGCUGCGUGUGUGUUGUGCAGCCUACAGGACACUGCGGAUAACUGGGAUUGGCUACACAAGAAUAAUCUUUCAGAAUCUGUACUUAGACCCGAUAGUACUGAUACUGCCUGGAGAUUCCUGAAGGAUUGCCUUUCAAACGAAAGUAAGGACCCGGAAGGGUGCUAUGUAGCUGUGAUGAGUCAGAUCAUAUCGAAAAAUGCAUUCCCGCCUCAGUGGCUGACGGAUUGGUGUAUGUCAAAAACCCCAACCAAGCUGCUGCAUUUAUACAUAAACUAUGGACGGUUGGAGGAAGCGUUCGAUAUUGCCGUGAAACUAAUCCAAGCACAACUCAUUGGUCGUAGCUCUAUUACCGUUCUUCACCUCAACCGGUUCCUUCUGCCCAUCACGCUGAUCGAUCGGCUCCAGUACGAGUUGCAUAAGGAUGUCAAAUUCAAAGAACAAACCAAUCUGCUGGGACAAUUGAUUGAUUGCAUAGCGAAAUAAUGUGGUAUUUUUUUAGGAUAUUAGUGUGGCCAAUAAAAUCAGUUUACUGUCGGCUCCAGUUUUGGAUAUCA